GAGAGAGAGGAUGAAGGUGGCUGAGUGGGGGUGAAGGGGCAGAAGUCUCUGGGGGGGGGAAGCCCCCUCUCCGUCCCGCCAUUCUCCGACAGUUUCUUUUUACAGCUGUAAUGGAGAACCCAAUGGCCAGUUCAUCUUCCCCCUCACAUUUUCCAGAAGAUGAUGGCUCCAAGGAGAGCAAUGAUGUCCCAGCUGGGUUAAAUCACACGGAAGGAUCGUGCAGUGGCAAUGCAUCCCAGUCUGCCAACAAUCCAGAUUUUGCAGAGGAUGUGCUGCAAACUCAAUCGCUACGGAAUGAGUCAUCUAAUAAAGCUGAAAAUAGCGAACCGAGGCCUGAGGAGGAGCAAAGAACUAAGAGAGGAGGCUGGUCCAAAGGGCGGAAAAGGAAGAAACCUUUAAGGGAUAGCAAUGCUCCUAAAUCUCCCCUAACAGGUUAUGUGCGGUUUAUGAAUGAACGGAGGGAGCAGCUUCGAGCGAAGAGGCCUGAAGUUCCAUUCCCAGAAAUCACUAGGAUGCUGGGCAAUGAGUGGAGUAAACUCCCUCCUGAGGAGAAACGGCGCUACCUUGAUGAAGCAGAUAGAGAUAAGGAACGUUACAUGAGAGAGCUGGAGCAGUACCAGAAGACUGAAGCUUACAAAGUCUUUAGUAGGAAAGCGCAGGACAGACAAAAAGGCAAAUCGCAUCGACAAGAAGGCGCACGACAGGCUGCCCAUGACCAUGAGAAGGAAACGGAUACGAAGGAGAGGUCCAUUUUUGAUAUUCCAAUCUUCACGGAGGAGUUCCUGAACCACAGUAAAGCCCGGGAAGCAGAACUGCGUCAGCUUCGCAAGUCUAACAUGGAGUUUGAGGAGAGAAACGCCGCCCUGCAGAAGCACGUGGAGAGCAUGCGCACGGCGGUGGAGAAGCUGGAGGUGGAUGUGAUCCAGGAGCGCAGCCGCAACACUGUGCUGCAGCAGCACCUGGAGACCUUGCGGCAGGCCCUCGCCAGCAGCUUUGCCGGAGUCCCGUUGCCAGGAAGUGGCGAGACUCCCACAAUGGACACUAUUGAUUCAUAUAUGAAUCGGCUGCACAGCAUUAUCCUGGCAAAUCCGCAGGAGAAUGAUAAUCUGAUAGCCACAGUCCGGGAAGUUGUAAACCGCCUUGAACGCUAGUGGCUUGCCUCUUAGCCUUUUGGGUGUUUCUUCUUAAUGAGAGGAAUGAGAGCCAUCGUGGAAAUAAGCUGAGGGGAGGUGAGAAGGCUUUGGAGAAGCGCUCUGGUUCUGGUUUAGUGGACAAACGAUUCAACGCAUAAGAACCUUCUGCGAGGACCCAGGACAGAGCAGCCCAAGAAAUUACGAUAUCCUUUUUAUCAAACUUCCCCAACAAACGUCCUAACAUAUCCUCUCAUUCAUCAUCGGGCUGUGGGCACACGGUGGACUACAUGAUGCAACAGUGAUGCUUCCUUCUCUGUUAAGUCUAAGUUGUAUUUCUCUUCUGCUAAUUCAGAGCUCUGGAGUGUUUUGUCGCUUGUGCUCCAAAGAGGAGUCCCCACCCCACCCCUGUAUCCUUUGUUGCAUGCAAGUGGUGCCCUGCCGACCAUAAAGACACCUGUAUGCUUCCAUCUGUUGAAGCUGGCGAUGGAUUAUCCAGGGAGAAGAGGACAGGACAGCCUUUUCUCUCCCUCAACGUUGGAAACGCAAAACCUUCGUUCUGGACUUCUUUUCUGCCGUUUGCUACUUAGUUUGUUGUACGCCGUAGUCUUAUGACUCGAGUCUCUUUUUCUCUUAAGCAACAGGAAAUUGGCAGGGUGUGUGUGAGAUUCCUUCCCUCCUUUUGGUACUAUGUGGCCAUCCCUAAGAAAUAAACUGUGUAA